GUGACUUUAAAGUGUUGGAAAACACUUGAACACUUUCCAAUAUCUAUUGUGUUUUUGUGAUUUGCUGCUGAUAAGAAAAUGAACGGAUUGAUUGUAUUUAACAGCGCCAACGACGUCGUGUACCAAAAGUUAAAUCUCCCGCUAGCACAAAAGAUCAGCGAUGUGGCAAUCGCCCAAGGCUUGCUCCCUGCGGGAGUCCAGGAAACUGGUUGCGUGGUGGACAGCAACAUAUUGCUGCAGAUUUUUAGCCCCAUUGUGGGCUCGCAACGGAUAAUGCAGUGCCAAUUUGACAACGCCUAUGCCAGCCUCCAGUGCGAGCAAGGAUUCAACCUGGUUUUCGGGGAACUGCUUGGAUUCACUUUUCUGAAGAUUGGACACAUACCCGUGGAGCAACUGGGACGACAGAUGGGUGUGGCCAUCACCCUCACCCGCUACUGCUAUGGAGCCAAUCUAUUUGCCGCCCAGGCGGGUGCCAUGCAGCAAGAGCUUUUGACGCAGUGCCUCGACUGCUACGAAACACUGUUGUGGCAGGAGGAUCAGGCCUACCUCCUGGAGUCCAUGCCCAAGCUGCUGAUCAACGCAGAGCUGAAGAGAACGGUUCACCUAACGCUGGAUGCCACACUGGAGCAGCUACGUCAGGCGGGUCUCCCUAGGGCCCAUGCGCUACUGAUCGUUUCCAACAAACUGGUUGCCGCCAACAGCACCCGACAGGCUCUUCCGCUAGCCGCCUCGGAUCUGCUCUUUCUCAGCCUGAUGUCGCGAGCUCUGCAAUCACCCAAGUCGCCAGCCCAUCGAGCUGUGGCCGUGUUCCUUCAAGGCGUCUCUCACGAUGUGAACUCCGGAUGCGUCCCGAGUAUUGUGCACAUUUCUCGAUUGCACGGCAACCAGGUCCUGCUGCAGGUCAUCGAGUAUUCCAGCAUGCCGCUGACCAGCUGUAUCUACGAUACGUUUUUCGUCUUCCAAAAGAUUAUCACCGUACAGCACCAAGGCGAUUCUGAUGCUUUAAAGCCCGCCUAUGAGAACCUGGAAUCCUUUGUGGGCCAAACUCUGACGGCUCUGAAGAGAUACCUUAAGCAGAGGCCGGAGGAUUUGGAAAAUUGCAUAAAAAAGUUUUCCGCAAAGUGGGAGAAUCUACGAAAGAUGUAUAGUGAAUACUUUAAGAACUUUGAACGCGAGCUUCUCGUUAGGAUCGAGUCCAAUCUGCCGUCUUUCGGAGAGGAAUUGAAACAUCUUUUUACCCUGGCCUGCUGUGACAGCUCAAGUGUCCACGAACUGGACCAACUAUCUGAUACGGCAGCAAAUGUGGAAGCAAAGCUCUUAGAAUUUGCCGAGUUUUUGGCGGUCAAGGCCACAAGGAACAUAUCUAUUGAUGCUUAUCUUGAGGACUUUCCGGGUUUAGUGCAUUUCAUGUAUGUGAACCGCAGCAAGGGACAGAUGCUGGCUCCGGAUUUGCGGCCCAACCAACUAGUACCAAAAACAAAGCUCUGGAGCAUGGUGGAAAUCGCCCGAAGUUACCUAAAGAAGGGUCAGACCACAGUUAUUUGGAAGGACAAGGCCUUCCACUACUCAUACUUUCUGUGGUUUGAAGAUCAGUCGGGUAGCAUUUUAAACUCCACACUCGAUCUACAACAGCACUUUCUGUCAACGGGUGCAGCCAGUGGACAAAAGUCACCGACAGAGCCCGGUGCCCUCACCAUGGACUACUACCAUGAUUUGGCUGAACUGUGCUUUCCCAAGCUGACGCCGGCCAAAGUGCGGGUCUACGAACUCUACUGCAUACAUUUGGGCCUGGUCACCGCCACCUGUGCCGUGGAGCACGCCAGACGACUGGUAGCCACAAUUAGCGAUGUGGUUGGGGAGGAGACUUUUUAAAUUAACCAUUUUUUAGUUAACUAUUUUUGUGUAAACAUUCCAUGUAUCAUUUUUAGCGCUAUGUCGCUCGAUUCUAGUCAAUUCACGAGGCUCCUUGAGGAGACAAACCAUGCGAAAAUU